AGCUUAGCUAGUCACAUACCGAGCUAACGCUGUUUUGUCAAUAAGAGAACAUUGUUCUUUGUCAUUUCAGAUUUCUUUAUAAAAGAUUCUUAAAUAUUUAUUAUUUGGCUUGAACUAAACAGGAUACUUAUCGGUUAAUUAUUUGUUCAAACGUUUAGCCCCCUUAGCAAGCUAACACAGCUAAAUUGAACGGUAUGGUGUAACUACAGCUGGUUAGCAUAGCGGUUUAUUAUUAUCUUUGUUUCAACUACUUUUAUUUGUCUGUCAGGCAAAAAUCCAAAAGAAAAUUAGUGACUUUACACGGGAAACAUGUCCUGUAAAUGCGCUUCAGCGGCAAGAGUGCUUAUUAACUCAGCACACAAAGGGAUCUGUGGAUCUAGAGUUCAGUUCCUCUCUGUGAUCAGACCAGCAGCUCAUGAAAUUCUCCUGAACCGAACAGUUCCAGUCAGAAGCUUCUCAGAAACUUCAGUUUAUUUCGCAGCCAAGGAUGGAAUGAAAGAUGGAGAUGGUGGAAAGAAAUCUGUGAGUGAUGGAAGUGGUAAAAGAUCUGGCUCAGGUAACUCAGGGAAAGGUGGCGGUCAGCUUCGAUGCCCGAAGUGUGGAGAUCCGUGCACACACGUAGAAACUUUCGUCUCCUCUACUAGAUUUGUGAAGUGUGAAAAAUGUCACCACUUUUUUGUGGUGUUGUCAGAAACAGACACUAAAAAGAGUCUGAAUAAAGAUCCUGAAUCAGCUGCUGAAGCGGUGAAGUUGGCUUUUCAACAGAAACCACCACCUCCUCCCAAAAAGAUCUAUGCUUAUCUCGAUAAAUAUGUGGUGGGUCAGGCCCACGCAAAGAAGGUUUUGUCGGUGGCCGUCUACAAUCACUACAAACGCAUUUAUAACAACCUGCCGACUGGUUCCAGACAGCAGCAGGUGGACGUUGAGAAGCAGGCCUCCCUCACACCCCGAGAGCUAGAGCUAAGACGUCGGGAGGAUGAGUACAGAUUUACAAAACUGCUGCAGAUCGCAGGGAUCAGCCCUCAUGGAAACGCUCUCGGAGCCUCCAUGCAGCAGCAGGUGAACCAGCAGGCUCCUCAGGAACGAAGAGGAGGCGAAGUUCUCGACUCCACCCAAACUGACAUCAAGCUGGAGAAGAGCAACAUCGUGCUGCUGGGUCCUACUGGCUCUGGUAAGACGCUGUUGGCUCAGACUCUGGCUAAUUGUUUGGACGUUCCUUUUGCGAUCUGUGACUGCACUACCCUCACACAGGCUGGUUAUGUGGGUGAGGAUAUUGAAUCAGUCAUCGCCAAACUGCUGCAGGACGCCAACUACGUCAUCGAGAAAGCUCAGCAAGGUAUAGUGUUUCUGGAUGAAGUGGAUAAAAUUGGCAGUGUUCCUGGGAUCCAUCAGUUGAGGGAUGUUGGUGGAGAAGGAGUUCAGCAGGGUUUGCUGAAACUUUUGGAAGGUACGAUUGUAAAUGUUCCUGAGAAGAACACCAGGAAACUCAGAGGAGAAACUGUACAGGUCGACACUACAAACAUCUUAUUUGUAGCAUCUGGUGCUUUCAAUGGAUUGGACCGAAUCAUCAGCAGAAGAAAGAACGAGAAGUAUCUUGGCUUUGGUGCACCAUCUAACCUGGGUAAAGGUCGUCGGGCAGCAGCUGCAGCAGAUGUGGCCCACACGUCGGGUAGAGAGGUGGACGCCGUGGCUGAAAUUGAGGAGAAGGACAGACUCCUGAAGCAUGUGGAAGCUCGUGACCUUAUUGAGUUCGGGAUGAUCCCGGAGUUCGUGGGGCGACUUCCUGUAGUGGUGCCGCUGCACAGCCUGGACGAGGAAACGCUCGUCCGCAUCCUGACGGAACCGCGUAAUGCCGUGGUGCCUCAGUACCAGGCCUUGUUCAGCAUGGACAAGUGUGACCUCAGUGUUACCCCUGAUGCCCUGCGAGCGAUAGCUAGAAUGGCACUGGAACGAAAGACGGGUGCCCGAGGUCUGAGAUCGAUCAUGGAGAAGCUGCUGCUGGACCCCAUGUUUGAAGUUCCACACUCAGACGUUGUAGCUGUGGAGGUGAACCAGGAUGUUGUGCUGGGCAAAGCGGAUCCUCGAUACGUGAGAGCCCCGGCUAAAGAUCCAGCAGAGGAGGACUACGACUCUGGAAUGGAGGAUGAGACCUGGACCAGACAGGCUGAUGCAGCCAAAAAUUAAUUACCCGACAUAACCGAUCAGAUCGUUUAAAAUGACGAGUGACUUCAGUCCUGUUUAAGUUUCACUGCACCAGUCCUCCCACAGACCCACCGACUCCAAACCGUCUGUACUAAAGAGUUUAUAAACUCCUACAGUGUGAAAUGUGUAACUAAUAUAUUUAGAAAUUGUGUUUAAAGCUUUGCCUUCCAGAGAGUGACUGUUAAUAAUAAAUGUAAAAGAAAUUAUUUUAUGAUGAACAAUGUUUUGAUUUUUAUGAGAUCUUCAGAUGUUAAAUUCAGUAGAAUUAACAAGGGUGUAAGUUGUUGUUUUUUUUAAACAUGAACUUGCACAACCCGUUUCCUUCACUAAUAAACAUGUUAUAUUAAUCAUGUCACAUUCUACAGUUUAAUCACGUUUGCUGUUUUAGUUUCAUCUGCUAGUCAAAUAAAUUCUUUAAAAUGUCUCAUGUUGCAACACCAGAUUCUUAUUAAACUGACUUUGUAAUGAAUUUUUAUAGCUUUGUCUUUCAAAUAAGUGAUUGCAUAUAUAAAAUUACUUCUAAUAUUAAAAAUUCACUCACAUGCUUGAGUCUGUUUAAUCCCUCCACAGGCAAAGCUUUACUCCAACAAACCUGGUUACUAUAUCUAACAAUUAAUGAUGAAAAAAGUAUUAACUUAAAACUCAAUCAUGUUUAAUGAAAAUGCUGCAUAUUGGACAAAAGUAUUGGGACACCCCUUGUAAUUCUUGUGUUUCAGCCACAACAGUUUCUAACAGAUAAAAAAAAAAUCAAUGAUAUUAUGUAAAUAUGCUUCCAACUUUGCAGGAACAGUUUAGGGAAGGCCCUUUUCUAUUUUAGACUAUCUCUGUGCACAAAGCGAGCUCUAUAAAGACAUGAAGAAAAGCUCGGUUUGAACUGGAACAUCAACAUUAACACAGCCAUACAAAUGCUCUUCUGACUCAAAUGUUUGUUUUUAAAAUGAGCUGUUUGACAAGCUAAUGUGUCCAAAUACUUUUGGCCAUAUAGUGUAAUUGUAAUAAACAUUAUUGGAUAUCAUAUGAAAAUGUACUGUAGUGCUGAUACAUAUUUGAGUGAAAUUUGUGUUGUUACAUUCUUAGUAUUUCAGUUUCUGCUGCUGUUUUCAUCUGAGCCACAAUGUUUUUGUGCUGGUGCAUUUUGUAAUGAUCUGAUUCAGUCUGACGGCUGAUGGUACAAUGUGAGAAAUGAGCAUUUACUGUAAAACAUGAUUUCUAAAACCUGAAUGUAUUCAAAACUUCUCUGAAUGAACUUGUGCAUCUCAUGGACUGUCAUGUACAGAAGCAUCUACAAACAGCAAUUAUUUAAAAAAGCACUUGGAACAAACUAUAAAAAAAAAAUAUUUUCUCUCUUUUUAAAUGUAAAUUUAAUUUAUUUUUUUAAGCAUUGUCGCCUGAAACAACCUUAAUAGGUUUAAUUUUCUGUAUGAUCAGAGAGUAUCGAUGUUUGUUCACUGCUGUGUGAUCCGUUUUUAUAGUUUAGAGAAUUCAAAACGUGUGGCUGAAACUUUUGAAGAAGAAAUUUUCCAGUCGAUUCGUGUGUUUGGUGCUGCAGUAAUCAGUGCUGAUAGCACCAGCCUUUGUACCGUUACAUUCUGUUGGUGCUGAAGCAGUUCUGUUAUGCUGUGCAGUGGAAACUUUUAGAUACUUUAAGAUCUCUUACAGUUGGGGUUGAACAUACCAGACAUAACAGUAUAAUGUUAAUAAUUUAGUUAAUUCAAUUAACUUAUUAUUCUAAGAUUCUAGUCAGACUUUGCUACUUUAGUCUUUUGUAGUGUGUUUUUUUUAAAUAUAUUAAAUAAAUAAAGCUGUUGUUAAUGUCA